AUGAGUUUGUUGUCAGCGAAAGCUGCUCUAACCCUUCUUCUAUUUGUAUAUGGGGCGAAGGCCAAAGGCGUUCGACCUCGUCAUGGUGGAUUUGUAGAGUCGAGUGAAAGCGUAUUUGAAGAAGAUGACAAAUCAUGGACUCGAUAUGCGAUGGAAGAAAUCAACAGCAUUUCCCCAACGGCGUCUCCAACGACACCAGCAUUGAUUGCAACUGAAACACCAACUCGAAGUCCAACGAACCCACCAACACGAGAGCCGGAUACACGAGUACCCACAAAACGCCCAACACCAAAUCCAACUCGUAGUCCUACUCAAUUUCCGACAGGAGGGGGGCCUAUUACAGCCUCUCCAACUCGAGCCCCAAAUCCGUUUCCGACCACUUCGUCACCGACAAGAAGCCCAACUCUAUUUCCAACGCCUUUGCCUACACCACCACCUUCGCCUUUUCCAACGGGUGUAAUUCCAGUUCCUACACCAAAUCCAACACCACCACCAACACCGAAUCCAACUCCGGGACCAACACCGGUGCCAACGCCACAGCCGACACCUGGUCCAACACCAUUGCCUACCCCAGCACCAACACCACCACCGACGCCACCACCGACUCCUCUUCCAAGCCCGCAACCCACUCCACAACCCACUCCGCAACCCACCCCAUCUCCCACGGUACCAGUGCAACCAACUGUACAGAUAAAGCUUACACCUUAUGCGAUUAAUAUUGCUGCUUGGGAAGAUCCUGGAUCCUACCAAUCUCAAGCCUUGCUGAGGACAGAGGAGCAAAUAGGUGCAGAAAGUAUGACAGAUGCAAAACUGGUCCAAUACUAUUCCCUAUACUGUAUCUAUACUGCAACUAAUGGAGUUGCAAACAAUAUCACAAACGACGAUUCUAGAUUUGACAACAUUGCUAUCCCCAAUUGGCUCUUUGAUAACAACUGGAAUGAGAAUGAUGUUGAUCCAUGCACUGGAUCGUGGUAUGGAAUUGCAUGCAGUAACGAACAGAUUAUCGGUAUUGAUCUGUCUUCCAACGUUUUGACAGGAAUUUUUCCACCUGAAGUUUCUUUGCUGUCGUCAGAAAACCCAUCUGGUGCAGGGUCCCUAAGAGCACUUGUACUUUUGAAAAACGAGUUCCUGUAUAGCGAAGAUAACUCAUGGAUUGCAGACUUGGGUUCUGAUUUGUUAACACUCUAUUUUCAGGAAACUUCCCUUGCUGGACCGCUGCCAAAGAUGCCGGAGAAUUUGUUCGAGUUUGAUUGCUCAUUCUCUUUGAUCAAUGGCGGUCUCACCGAUGAGAAUUUUGCUGGACUAAACAAUCUGAACUACAUGGUUGUAAGUGGCCUCUCUCUUGGGUCUUCUAUCCCAAGCGUUUUUGGAAGUCUUCAGAACCUUGAGUUCUUUUAUGCUGCAGAUUCCUUGAUCACUGGUGAUCUGGGAUAUAUGCAAGGAAUGCCAUCUAUCCGACAGCAUUGGGUGGAUGACAACCCUGGACUUGGUGGUCCCUUAUUUCCAUUCAUUGCUGACAUUCAGUCAAUGGAAUCAAUGUCGCUCACCGAUAACGCCUUGACCGGCAAUAUUCCUACCGAAUUUGGGCGAAUGACAAACAUCGAGGAUCUCUGGUUGUUUGGGAACAAACUCACAGGAACAGUACCAACAGAGAUGGGUAACUUGAGAAGAAUGAAAUUUUUUCAAGUUGAAGGAAAUGAUCUCACUGGAUCUAUGCCCGACGAAGUUUGCUCCAACACCCAGUUUCCUAGUGAAGUACUAACUGUAUUGGGGGCUGACUGUUCGGAAGUCUCUUGCUCGUGCUGCGAUUGCUGUAGCUAUGACACAUGCCCCAACAAGUAA